UAACUGGGCGAUCGCUUGAUUCGCUUCACUCCCCCCCUAUGAUCAUCGGCCAUCUCUCAGACCGUUGUUGAGCAGUUGGAAGUCACCGGCGGUAGAAAUGCGGCAUCCACUAGCGGUUCUCCUGCUCGCUAUAUUUCUCUUCUUUUCUGCCGCCAAUUCCACCGGAAACUUCACCGGCUUUUCAAAUAUCCGCCUCAAGUCUGAGGUCACUGGACUCUGCGCUGACCUCAUUGAACCUUCCGGUUUCCCUUGCUCUGAACACUCCACCGAAACAGAGGAUGGCUUCGUUCUUGGGCUACAACGGGUCGGGUCCAGUUCAGGAAUUGUCAAUGGGAGAAUGGGCCCACCGGUUCUUCUCAUUCAUGGUCUUUUUAUGGCGGGUGAUGCAUGGUUUUUGAAUUCUGCAAAUCAAUCAUUGGGCUUUAUACUUGCUGAUCGUGGCUUUGAUGUUUGGGUUGGAAAUGUACGGGGAACACGCUGGAGCUAUGGGCAUGUAUCUUUAUCUGAGAAAGAUAAGGACUUCUGGGACUGGAGCUGGCAAGAGUUGGCUCUUUAUGAUCUAGCAGAGAUGACACGCUAUAUAUAUUCACUCACCAACUCAAAAGUACUUAUUGUAGGGCACUCACAGGGAACAAUAAUUUCUCUGGCUGCUUUUACUCAGCCAGAUAUAGUAGAAAUGGUUGAAGGCGCAGCAUUCCUUUGCCCUAUAUCAUAUUUGGAUCAUAUUACAUCCACUUUUGUCCGUAGAUUGGUAAACAUGUAUCUUGAUGAGGUGAUUCUUGCAUUGGGCAUUCAUGAACUUAAUUUCAAGAGUGACAUCUGCACUCGGGUCAUGGAUAUGAUGUGCAAUGGACAUCUUGACUGUGCCGACAUGUUAUCAGCUAUCACAGGGGAGAAUUGCUGCUUCAACUCUUCUAGAAUUGAUUUCUAUCUUGAAUAUGAACCACAUCCAUCAUCCUCAAAGAACUUGAAUCAUCUUUUCCAGAUGAUCCGGAAAGGUACAUUUGCUAAGUAUGACUAUGGGCGGUUGAAAAACUUGAAGCUUUAUGGUCAAAUGAAGCCCCCGGAAUUUGAUCUUAGCGAGAUUCCCAGUUCUCUGCCUCUGUGGAUGGGUUACGGAGGGAAUGAUGCCUUGGCAGAUGUUACAGAUGUUGAACGCACCAUCAGCGAGUUGCAGUCCAAGCCAGAUCUGCUUUAUCUAGACGACUAUGGUCACAUCGAUUUCCUUUUGAGUGUAAGUGCAAAAGAAGAUGUUUAUGACAGCAUGAUUGGGUUUUUCAAGUCAUUGCAGCAGAAUGUAAGCAGUUAUUGAGUGAUGAAUUGUUGCACUCACAUGUAUAUUAAUACGUUUACUACUGUAUCAGCUCAAGCUUUGCAGUAAUUCCACUAUGUCUGUUUGUAAUUCUGCAAAUAUAUUUGAACUUUGUAAAUUGUAAAUAUAAUUUAAAGAUUCAUUAUUAUUAUUAUUAUUAUUAUUAUGGUA